AUGAUUUGUGGGUCUCCCGGGAAUGGUUUAGAGAUUAUAUUUUGGUUGGAUACAUGGAUUAAUGAUGAGCCUUUGAAAGAUUUAUUUCCGAACUUGUUCCGUCUCGAGAAUAAUAAAUGGUGUAAAGUGGUUGAGAGAAUUGGGGAUGUGGGAAUUAUACAAUGGGAUUGGAAAUGUUACCCGGCUACGAGUAUAGAGGUUUCGGAGCUUGUCAAUUGUCAUAGAAUGAUAUCGGUGGUUCGUCUAAGUAAUAGAAGCGACACUUGGAGAUGGAACGUCGGUCAUAAUUGUUCUUACUCAGUGAAGGAAGCGCGUCUUUGGUUAGCUAGCAUGAGCUCGAACGAAGGGAGGUUUGUUUAUAAAUGGUGUAAGUGGCUCCCAAGCAAAUGUAAUGUGUUUAUGUGGCGAGCUAACUUGGAUAGGAUCCCAACGGCGUCGGCUCUCAUUUGUAGGAACAUUCAAGUUGGCAAUGGUUUAUGUAAUCUUUGUGGUGAGGUUGAGGAAACUACGGAGCAUCUCUUCACCGGUUGUUUGGUGGCUAAUGGUGUUUGGAAUGGCAUCGUCUCUUGGCUCAAGAUCCCUCCCACUUUCGUUUUCACUGUCAAGGAUGUUUUAGAGCUUGUUGAUCACUUGCAACUUUCGGCUUCCAAGAAAGAUUUGGUUUUCGGCAUUUUUGUUCUAACUUGUUGGAAGAUUUGGGCUACCAGGAACGAGGUUCUGUUCACGCAGGCUAAGGCUAAUGUGGCGAAGAUUGUGGCGGACGUUAAAUCGUUAAGCUUUCUUUGGUUCAAUAGUAGGUCGAAGAAGGGUGGGUUAGUUUGGGAAGAUUGGUGUAAAUUUGUUAUAACUUGA